UCGUCAGCGUUCAAACGGUCUGUCAAGGUGCCUGGAGCGACGGGCGCCACAGACGAAGAACUUAAAAUCGGAUCUCCCACGGAGAACGCGCUGGGCAGAAAGCGCGAACUCGGACGGAAGCAGGAAGCGAAGGGCAGAGGCGCUCGGGGCUGGGCGCGUGGGCGCGCGGCAGGUGCAGAAGAAGAGCGGCGCCGCCAAGGAUGGACGGCGGGGGCGCCGGCCGGAGCCGGGGCCGGGGCCGAGCGCGACCGAGCCAGCGACGCCAGUCGGCCGGCGGCGCCCGCUCGCGCUCGCACCGCGUCACGGUGUGGCCCGCAGCCCCCGGCCCCGGCCCCGGCCCCCGAGUCUGUAGCUCGCUGGCCUGCGCUCUUCUCUGCCAGGUGCGGCGGCAGCGGAGAUGCUGCACGAGCAGCCGCGGCUGCUCGCCCAGAAGAGGUGGCGCCUGCUCGCGCGGGCGCUGACGGGCUCGCCGGAGCCGGGCCCGGGGCGCAUCUCCACGCGGCGCUUCGGCUCGUUCGGCCUGCUGCGCGCCGACCACCUGCCGGACUACCGCUUCGGCCAGGAGGCGCACUGCAGCUGGUGGCUCUACAGCUGCCUCAUCGGCGGCCGGCUCUACCAGCUGCUCGUGCGUCGGGUCAGCAACUGCUUCACCGCCGACCAGCUGAUCGGCUUCAACAACACCGGCAACGUCUGUGUCUGGCCGUCCGAGGAGUGCCUGGCCUAUUACGUUCUCAAAAAUGGCGAGAUCUGCCGCGGGCGCCGGGUGCUGGAGCUCGGCGGAGGCAUGAGCUGCCUAGCGGGCGCGCUGGUGGCCAAGUAUUGUCAGGCGAGCUCGGUGACGCUGACGGACGGCAACGCAAGGAGCGUGGACAACGUCGCCCGAAUCGUGGAGAGCAACGGUCUGGAGGGCCUGGCGCGCUGCCUCGUGGUACAGUGGGCCAGCGCCGCUGAGGCGCUGGGCCGAUCGCCGAGCCGCCGGCCCCAGGAGCUCGCCUCCGGCAGCGGCUCUGGCAGCGACGUCCGUAGCGGGGACGAGCGUCCGUACGACCUCAUUCUCUGCGCCGACUGCUUGUUCUUCGACGAGGAUUGGCUCGACCUCGUGGACACGAUCUAUGCCUGGCUGGCCGACGACGGCCUCGCCCUGGUCAUGGCCCCGAGACGAGGCGCGACCUUUCGCCGCUUCGCCGAGGCAGCCGCGUGUCGUGGUCUCCUGCUCCGUCGCCAGCGCGAGUGUUACGACCCCGAGAUCUGGGCCCGGCAUCUGCAACUGCUCGCCUCCGACCCUCUAUACUGUCCCGAUAUUCAUUUACCCGUGCUGCUCGAGUUGACCAAGCCUGGCCGUGGUCCGCGGCUCGGCUGAACCACGGGCUACCAGCACCGGGGCCCCGCGUUCCUGCAGCCCUCCGUCCGCAUCGUCAUUCUCUCAGCGAUUCCGAGUCCAUUCUAAUUUUAUUUUGCGACCCUUCAUGCACUAGCACUCGAAUAACCUCGCUCAUCGAAGUUGGAAUUUCCAAAGGGCUUGGCAAUCUUAUUCUUCUUAGAUUCGUAAAAUAUUAAUGACGUUUAAUAUAAUACUUGGACAAAAAGUGAAUGACAAAAAUAUAAUAUUUAGUUUAUGGAAGGCCUCAAAUGCAUAUCUUUUUACAUAACAUAUACAAGUUUGUAUUAAAAAAUUUGUUCCCAUCUUAGUUUAACGUGCAUAUUUUUACAGCACGGUAUACAGUUAAUUAAUAGCAAUUAUAAAUUCUCUAAAACAAUACAUCUGUGCUAUGCUAAAUAUAUAAGUAUAAAAUUUUUGCUUGAGCGAUUGUCACAUUCUUUAGUCACAGAAUUCCUCUCAUCCCUCUUUUCUUUUUUCUCUUUUUUCUUGAUUAUUCUUUCUCAGUUCACGUUGAAUAUUUUUUUAAACAAUCAGUGGCUAAUAGCUGAACGUCUGAUUUUCUGUACACAAUAGUCUAAAAAUUAUUUUAAAAAAUCUAGAAAUAAAAGUGAAAUCAAGAACAAGUAGAGUCUUUUUGCUCUAAACUUUCAAUAUAAAACAAGGUAUAUAUUAAUUUUUGUUUUUCGUAUAAAUAUUCUCAACUUUAAAUAUAUUUUGCCUUGCCUCCUUAUUUUUAUUGAAAGGACGUCUACGCACAUGAUAUUUUCACCCGAUCAAAGGUUUGUACUACACUUUGUAUUCUUAUCUUUGAAUUUUGCAGAGGUUAAUGUUUUGUGUAGGAAUUUUAAUUUUAUUAAUACUAAAGCAAUACCUAAGUUUUUGUAUAGCACUGAAAAUCGAUACGAAAGAAAACUGUGAUUAAAAUUUAGAACGACCUCAAAUAAUUACAUAGAUAUUGAUCAGCACAUUUCGACUUAAUGAAUUUUUUGGGAUUGAAAAAAUUAGAGUUAGACCUUAACAAAAUAGUUUACUAUUAUUUUAUUGUUUUUAUUUGCCUCUAUUUUUAUUUGUUUGAGAAAAAAAGUAUUUUUGUCAAAAUCAUUUAUACUUUUCUCUUUCGUAAAUAGUCUGUACAGAAAAUCUACCACCACUGGCGAAACAUUGUAACAUAAAUUAACUAUUAUUUUUAUUUAUCUGAGUUAUCAGUGGAGCACUAUGAUAUUCAACUACAUAUGAGUAAAUAAAUUGUUUUACAGCCAACAAAAUUUUCCCUGCGUUAAAAAACAAAUUCCUGAUGAAGUUAAGCUCUUUUAACAUGGCCUUGUAAUUAAUGACCUAUAAAUACUCUUUGAAUAUGUUAAGAGUUUGAUAGGUACUUAAAGUUUCAUUAUCUUUUUCAAUCAAAACAGCAUUUUUGAUUUAUAAAAAGCUCUAAUGGCACUUGUAGUUUUAUCGGAAUAAAUGGAAUA